AUGAAGACUCUGAACCUUGCAAAUCUGGGAUCGCAGUGUGACUACUAUCGUUAUUGCAUCGUCUUAGAUUCUCAGUUUUACCUCCCGUUUUUCCCUUUGACUGCCAAAUUGAGAGAUCUGCAGAUGCGGGAAGUGGGUCUGGUGAAAUCGAAACUAAAAGAACUCGGGGCCUUCGUUGAUGAAGAACUUCCUGAUUAUAUAAUGGUUAUGGUUGCCAAUAAAAAGAAACGUGAAAGCAUGAACAACGAUUUACAGUUGUUCCUGGGCGCUCAAACCGAACACUUUACUGAAUGGCUUCAUUCGGUACUCGAAUCUUAUUUAAAACCGGAAGACAAAAAGAAGCGGACACCCUCCAUUCCCAACUCCAAAGAAGAAAAACGAGUUGCGAAACGCCAAGCCAAGACCAACCGUGUGGAAGCUAAGUAUUCCAAAUCCAGAUCGCGUUCGAGGUCACCGGUUUCACAGAAGACCAGUCAGCGUACAUCAGUUGAAAGUGAGGUGGACGUUAUUAGUGUUCGGACAGACGAAAACGAAUUCAUUGAGGAAACCUCUUCAUCAGUACAGAAGGAGGCUGUACCCCAGACAACAACAAAACCGAAGGAACAGCGGCGAAUCGUUAGCACGUCUUCUCUGACCGGCCCCUCAACCGACGCAAGUGGUGAAGCGGGACCUGGGCUACGUCCUACCUCGGAGGACGAUAUAGCACCUCCGGCUGCCAAGUCAACCCGCUUCGUUGUCACUCUCAACGAGUCUGCCGUCAGUGCUAAGGGGGUGUCCGGUGCGGGCGGUGUUUCCAAUGUAAAAUCUCGUCUUGGUCCCCGAAUAACAACGUCUCGGCUCUCUGUAGAGGCUGACAGAGACGAUGCACUUGGUUCGACCUUGGAAAUGCUGGACGCUCGGGACAUUCUCAUUGCUAAGAAACUUCAAAAGUCCAAAACGACAAUGUCAGCGGAGUUGCUGUCGACAAAUACGAACCAUAUGAUUGCCGCCGAGAAGCCCAAGGAUAUCGCCCCCAUGGUGAUUAGUCUUAACGACACGGAUGAGGAUGAGCUGGCAGAAACUGCGCGUCUCCUUAAGUCGCCGACCAAAACUGGUACAGUAGCAAAAGAGCAGUCGGCUGAACCACCCAAGCGAGAAAACAUACCCAGCCCGAACGUACUUAUCCCCGUGUCAACCCUCCAGUGCUUCAUGGCAAGAGCCUUUAGUUCCACCUCCCGUAUCUGCAAGGGCGCAUUCUGCUUUUACACCUUCAUCCCUGUGUGA